AUGACGACUGGUCCAGUUCUCCAAAAUUUGUGGCAAAAGCACCUCGUGCAAUGGGGAAUUGAGUUUCCAUAUAUUCUACAUCUCAUUCUCGCUUUAUCUGCCCUCCAUCUGGCUCACGAACAGCCAAACCUCCAACAGCAAUACAUCCAACAAGCCGACGAGCAUUUCAGCUUUGGGGUGCGAUCAGUUGCAAGCGUGCUCUCCCAGCUAAAUGCCGAAAGUUGCCAGAAGGUUUACAUGUCAGCGGUUAUUAUAUGUUUCAUAUACUUCGGCAGAGGCCCACGGCCAGGAGAAUACCUCAUCUUCAGCGACAGCGGACCCGCUCAAUGGCUGAUUCUCAUGCGCGGAGUGCGAGUGAUUGUUUCCUCUCACCAUGAAAAAGUCUUCAGUGGGAUUCUCAAGCCAGGACCCAAUGACCGGAGUCGGAACUUAACAGCUGAGAUGCGCAUUGAAUUGCAUGAACAUAUUGUGCACACGGAAGCUGUUCAACGACUCAUUGAGAGAGAUAUAGCCGACGAGGAUAUUUGUGGUAGGUACCUGGCUGUUAUUGAAGAUCUCUUCGAAAUCAUGCGCGAGGUUUACGAGAGACGAUCUGGCGGGUCUUGUGGUGUGGACUUAAUGGAUCUCCUGAUGGGGUGGAUUUAUCGUCUUCCCGAUGAGACGAUUGGCUCUUUAGAGCAGAAGGAGCCGCAUAGUCUUGUAGUACUCGCGCAUUGGGUUGUGCUUCUGAAGUACAUGGACUCGGCGUGGUUCAUGGACGGCUGGGCUGAACAUAUGUUAUCAGGGAUUUCUGCGCAUCUGCACGAGGACUUCCAUCCGUGGAUUGAGUGGCCAUUGAAGCAGGUAUACCAAACUCAGAUUGAAUAG